UCUCUCUCACUAUUUCUUUUCCUUUCUCUUUAUCCCUCCAUUACGAUCUCUUCUUGAAGAACAUUUGUGUGCAAAUCAAAAUCUCUCCGCUUGUUCGCGUGAUUGCUUUUUUAAUACACAAAAUACUUCGUUUUGUUUAGUGUAAAAUUAUGGCUCAUCUCAGAUAGUUAUUUACAAAGAAUUGAAUUGUUUUAAAGUAAAUUUUAAGAAUUAUUUUUUUUAGUUGCAUAUUAAAUGUCAACACAUUCUCUUACUAUAGUUAUUGUGUUUAUAAUUAAAAAAUUUUUCUAUUACGCGUACAUUUUUCAACGUAAAAAAUUAUUUAAAAUUGAGUAACUACAAUUUUGAACACUGGACUCUUAAAGCUUCUUUCUUUUAACCAAAGAUGUCUACCACUAAUCAGCAAGUGCUAGCCGCCCCUUCUUAUAUAGCGCGUAGUGGGCGGAGUUUGUGGCGAGAUUUAUGUGCCUAUUGGAUUUUAGGCUUAUGCAAUAAUUAUGGCUACGUUGUUAUGCUGAGCGCUGCCCAUGACAUUAUAGGACAAUUUCAUUAUGACGAUCUAUCUGAUUAUGCCGACGCUGUAGGUAAAGGCAGGCAUUGUCAUAUAGUGUCGACUGGCGCGAUCCUUUUGGCAGACAUUUUACCAUCAUUGUUUGUUAAAAUAAUAAUGCCAUUUUUUCCAUUUUGGGUGCAUUUCAGGAUAGCUUUAGCGGUGUGCUUCUCAGCGACUGGCUUUUUGUUGGUAGGUUUCGCCAGUUUUAAAUGGAUGGCCUUACUAGGGGUUAUUGUCACUUCGGCUAGUAGUGGCAUAGGAGAAACGACCUUCUUAGGUUAUUCAUCCAAUUUUAACAAAAAUGUUGUAUCCACUUGGUCUUCGGGAACGGGAGGGGCUGGUGUUAUUGGAUCUUUAUCGUAUGCGAUGUUGAGAUCACUAAAUGUUAGUCCACGUGAUACUAUGUUGAUAAUGCUUUUUUUUCCAUGCAUCGAAGCUUUAACUUUUUGGGUUAUGCUGAGAAAACCAAUAAUUCUACCUGUGGUUACAGUUGAAUCCACGGAGCAGUUGAUUGAAAAUGAUAAGCCUUUAGUAGGAUUCAAGGAGAAGCUUGCAUAUAUUAAGAAAUUGGUGAAGUAUAUGCUGCCUUUGGGUUUAGUGUACUUGUUUGAAUAUUUUAUAAAUCAAGGAUUGUUUGAACUCAUCUAUUUCCAAAACACUGUUCUGGAUGGAGCAUCGCAAUAUCGUUGGCUAAAUGUGGCUUAUCAGAUUGGAGUUUUUGUAUCCCGAUCAUCCGUUAAUAUUUUCCAAUUCGAAAAGAUUUGGUUAACAUCAGUGUUUCAAUUUAUUAAUGUCGUAUACUUUUCAACCGAGGUUAUUUACUUUUAUACGCCCAGCAUUUGGUUAACAUUUGCUAUAGUAUUAUGGGAAGGUCUACUGGGAGGUGGUGCCUAUGUUAACACUUUCUAUAGAAUGUCGAAAGAAAUAACACCCGCCAAGCAACAAUUUGCGAUGGCUAUGGUCGUUCAAUCAGAUUCUUAUGGUAUUGCUUUGGCUGGAUUUUUAGCAAUACCAUUCCACAAUGCCAUAUGCUUGUUACCAGCGCCAAUAAGAGGCUUAAUAUAAUAGAAGGAAUGUAUAUAUCAUGUUUUACUAAUAUUAGUCUUUAUUAUUAAAAAAAAAUAUGUAUAAAUUUAGAAUUUGUUAACUAGUUAAGUGUUGUUAUGAAAAAUGUUAAAAAAAUGUUGUUUUCUUUUUUACAUAUCUACUUAAGGUUAGCUUAUUCGUACUCGACUUGUGUUCUGAGUAGUGCGCGUU